GCCUUCAGCAUAAAAUAACAGCGCCAGAACAUCAUCAUCAUCAUCAUCUUCACCAUGGCCUCCCUGUGGAUCGUCUCCUGUCUGGCAUUCAUCAGCACCGCCUACGGCUGCGGUGUCCCUGCCAUCCCUCCUCGUGUGACCGGCUAUGCCCGCAUUGUGAACGGUGAAGAAGCGGUGCCUCACUCCUGGCCCUGGCAGGUGUCUCUGCAGCAAUCUACUGGCUUCCACUUCUGCGGAGGAUCCUUGAUCAACGAGAACUGGGUGGUGACUGCUGCUCACUGUAACGUCAGGACCUACCACCGCGUUGUUGCUGGAGAGCACGACAGGAGCUCCUUCUCCAGCGAAGACGUCCAGGUGCUGAAGCCUGCCCAGGUGUUCACCCACCCCAGCUGGAACCCCUCCACCAUCAACAACGACAUCGCCCUCAUCAAGCUGGCCACCCCCGCCCGCCUGGGCAGCAACGUUUCCCCCGUCUGCCUCGCUGAGUCCACGGACAGCUUUGCCCCCGACUCCACCUGUGUGACCUCUGGCUGGGGUCUGACCCGCUACAACGCUCUCAACACUCCCAGCAAACUGCAGCAGGCAGCUUUGCCUCUGCUGUCCAACAGCGACUGCAAGCAGCACUGGGGCAGCAACAUCUCUGACGUCAUGAUCUGCGCCGGUGGAGCCGGCGCCACUUCCUGCAUGGGCGACUCUGGUGGUCCUCUGGUCUGUGAGAAGGACAACGCCUGGACUCUGGUGGGUAUCGUGUCCUGGGGCAGCAGCCGUUGCUCCACCACCACGCCGGCUGUCUACGCUCGGGUCACUGAGCUGAGAGGAUGGGUGGACCAGAUCCUCGCCGCCCACUGAAACCUGGAGGCUCAGAAGCUGCUCGUGGGUUAAGGAAAAAGCUCAACUUCAAUAAAGCAGCUGGAAAUAA